UACCCAAAUUAUAGGAGUUUUACUAUAUGUAAGGAAAAUAUAAAAGGUUUUCUCGUUAUGAUUAUUUUCGUACGUAAUCCUACAAUGUAAAUAUCAUUACUUCUGCAUCGCAGCCACAAAUAGUGGUGUCGCGUUCUCUGGGUAGGUUGACAGUGAAGUGCUACCGUGAUGUUAUUAGUGAAAUGAAAUGGUUUUAAAGAUGGUGACUAAAUGGGCAGUGUUUACUCUACUUACUUCAUUUGUAUGUGACGCUUAUAAGAUAUUGGUGAUAUUUCCCGUCCCUGGAAAAAGCCACGGGAUUCUAGGAGAUGCUUACGUUAGACAUUUACUUGAAGCGGGACAUGAGGUGACGUACGUGACACCAUUUCCAAAACAGGACACGAGUAAUUUGCACCACGUAAAUAUUUCCUCUAUCAAGGAAGUGUUUAACGAGGAUACGAUACACAUAAAAGCGAUAAUGGAUAAACAGCUCAAUUUUAAAGACAGAGGGUUCAUAUUCGAAUUGAUGGGGAAUAUAAGUUCGGCGACGGUGAGAAACGAAAACGUACAGAGAUUGUUACGGGACCCGAAACAGCAGUUUGACGUGGUUAUCGCGGAAUGGAUGUUCAGCGAAAUGUAUUCAGCAAUACCACCAGUAUUUGGCUGUCCUUUGAUUUGGUCAUCAAGUAUAGAGCCGCAUUGGAUGAUCACCAGUUUGAUAGACGAGCCGUUGAAUCCAGCGUAUAAUUCGGAUUUCAUGCAUACUCAAAUAGAUCCGUUGACCUUCACUCAAAGAGUGAAAGAAUUAUGGACGCAACUUGUGUGGUCGUAUCAGAGAAAUUUUCCCCUCUACGAUAUUCAAAGGAUAACAUAUAAAAAUCAUAUAGUACCAAUUUUAAAAGAGAAGGUUAAGUCAAUUCCUUCUUUUGAAGAGCUAAGGUACAAUGCAUCUUUGGUGCUGGGCAAUUCCCAUGUAUCUCUUGGCUUCCCUACAAGAGUACCACAGAACUAUAAAGGAAUUGGGGGAUAUCACAUCGACACUAAAGUAAAACCAUUACCCGAGGACCUCAAAAAAAUAAUGGACGAUUCAAAACGAGGAGUCAUUUACUUCAGCAUGGGAUCUAAUAUGAAGAGUAAAGACUUACCAGUUGAACUCAAAAAGAGUUUUCUGAGGAUGUUCAGCGAAUUUAAUCAGACUGUCAUAUGGAAGUUUGAGGAAGUACUACCAGAUCUGCCGGAAAAUGUGUAUAUACGACAUUGGGCACCACAACAAAGCAUUUUAGCCCAUCCUAACUGUGUCCUCUUCAUCACUCACGGAGGUUUGCUAUCAAUAACAGAAGCAAUACAUUACGGAGUACCCAUAAUCGGUAUUCCAGUUUUUGCAGACCAAUUCAGAAAUGUCGAUACAGCUGUUAAUAAAGGUAUUGCUCGAAAAGUAGACCUGAGUUACGAUAUGGACGGUGAAUUGAAUAAUACAAUUCGAGAAAUGCUGAACAAUCCUAAGUACCGACAGAAAGUGAAGGAGUUAUCCCUGGUUUAUCAUGAUCGACUCGUACCACCAGGCGCAGAACUGGUAUUCUGGGUGGAACACGUGAUUAAAACGAAUGGCGCGCUGCAUCUACGCUCUUUAGCACUUCACGUGCCCUGGUACCAGAAAUUAUAUUUGGAUUUAUUGGCAUUGGUUAUAGCAAUAUUGCUUGCGAUAAAAAUGUUACUCAGCAACAUUUAUUGCAAGAUCUCGUACAAAAGCAGAAAAAGGAAGUUUGAGUAACAUCAUGACAUUGCUGUUAUUGUUGAUAGAUAUUUAAAUAAGUAAGAAAAUACAGAAGUUAUAAGAUAAUGUUAUUUUUUGCUUUAGACCUGAUCUGUAACAUAACAAUGGUGCUGCAGGUAUUUUUUUCUAAGCCCAUUAAAAUUGCUGAGAAUUUAUGAAGAAAGGUAACCACCAAAAAUAAAAACAAAAUGUGAGAAUAAUAAUAAAAUGGUGUAUGUAUUCUUUUUUAUAGUAAUAUGUUUGUAGUCUGUUGCAUUACAAUGAAAGAAAUGUUUGAAAAGUUUAACUUUGAUUUAAUUUUUAACAGUAUAAAAAUAACGCCUACUCGUAAUUUUCGAGCAACAAAUUAAUUUAAAAUUACUUGGAUGUAAUUUAGAAAGUAAGAUAUAAGAUAUUUAUGUGUUAAUGCAUAAUAGAUUAUUAUAUGGAUGACAA